AUGAUCCAUUCAAACAGUAGUAACGCUUUCAGUGCCAAACACUCGAAUCAGCUACCAGAUUGCGAAGCAAGGAAACAACAAUGCAACGACAGUGAUAAUGAUGAUGAUGAUGAACUAAGACAGCGAAAGUCUGGCUAUUUCAAUUUACCCUGCUGUCCAUGUCCAUGUUCAACGCCACUUUUGCUUGGUUUACUCGCCGGUGCACUAACUAUGGGUUUAGUUUUCGCAGUUUUACUUUCACUUUAUAUAGUUACACCUGGAAAAACAGCAAGUACUGUUACUCAAACGACUGGCACAUCCACAACUACCACAAGUGCCACAACAACAACCACAACAACAGCAACUUCCACUAGCACCAGCUCAACUAGUUCUUCUACGAGCUCGACAUCCACAUCCAGCACCACAUCGUCGUCAAGCACCAGUUCGUCCACGACCUCCACAUCCAGCAGCACAUCAACUUCAGCAACAACAACUACAGCAACUACUGCUACUACAGUAACAACAAAAUCAACCACGUCUGCCACUACAACCACCACAACUUCCACCACUACUACCAAGCCUUGGUGUACAACCAAAGUUACAUUCGAUAACAUUACUGGUCAGACAUCCACAUCAGGUGUCGUUCCCAACGGUUACCAAAAUCUCAACUGGACCAAUACCAAUUAUCUUAAUGCAUCAACAGUACCCUCUAGUGGUUACCCCAUAGCUAUGCAGUCUCCAUCCUAUGUGGCUUACAAUCCAGGAGGCGCUGCUGUCCAAAUAAUAUCAGCAAACGGAACCAGUUUCUCUUUUGACUCAGUGACCAUAGCAGCUGCCUAUCGAUCUGGUCUACAGUGGAAUAUCAAUCUGUAUCGGUUAGGUGUUCUUCAGAUAUCUGGACCGUUUCUAAUAAAUACGGUGAAUUCUACAAUUAUCAGUUGUGGUGGAUGUACAAAUAUAGACACAAUAGUGUUUACGACAUCGGGUGGCACAGCUGUGAAUGGCUUGUCGGGAAGUGGAACUGAAUUCGGUUUCGAUGACUUGUGUAUUUCGUUUGGAUAUUGA